ACCGUUCAAGAACGUCAUCUUGUUGCGUCGAAGCGCAGAUCCACCGCUACCUUAAUCUAUGAGCUGACCGCGACAUCUUCGCCAUGCGCAAUACACAAUUGGCACGAGCCAGGCGCCGACUGCGGCGGAUGUCAUCCAAGAAUACUCGGUCGCGGGUGAUGUAGCCCACAGCAAUCGACGGUCUGGUCAAGCUGUUCGAGCACGCAAUGGUAGAGUGACGGUAUCGCUUACCUUCGGAAGUGUAUAUGGGUUCGGUAGCAUCCUGCCUCGAGGAUGACGCAUACUGGAUCCUUGGAUGGCCUGGCCUUACGUGUUCGACAUUGACGCAGCGACUCUGGAUCCUAGUGCCUUUCGACCUCGAUCUGAACGGCCAACUCUUAUGCUCGUGCAUGAAGCCUUCCACACACCAGCACAUCUAAACAAGCUCACCGAGGAGUUGAGAGCCAUGAGCCUGAAAGUCCUGUGCCCGCAAUUACCUUCUUCGAUGGAUGCACAAGAGCCGCAGGGAUUGGAAUCAGAUGCUGCAGCAUUGUUCGACUGUGCUCGAUCGGAGAUCGAGACCAGUACCAACGUUGUAGUGGUGAUGUUCGGCUACGGCGCAAUUCCGGGCGUUGUAGCAGCCCAGCGGCUGAACCAGCAUUCUCUGGACGUACCGUAUGCGGGCGAGGUGACAAAGCUGGUCUACGUAUCUGGCAUGGUGCUGCAGCAGGCAGAGUCGUUCAUGACUACCUUGCGACCGCCUUGGGUGAUGCCAGCAGAUGACGAUACGUGUUCUGUAUCGAUGCCUGGGCAGAUCUUCUAUCAGGAUUGCUCUUUGGAGAGUGCACGUGAAGCUGCAGAAUGCCUGCGUCCGCAGAGCAUGUCGAGUCUACAAAGCGUCGCGAGCGAUACUGGUCAGCCAGACGUACCUUCACUAUACAUUUUGUGCGAGCUCGACCGCGCAAUACCCGCAGGUAUACAGCGGGGUUUCGUUAGGGUGCUUCAGGAGCAAAAAGAACAAGCCGACGUCAUGUCACUACAAACAGGACACUCCCCAUUCCUGUCCAGGCCUCGGGAGACGGCAAGAAUCAUCACGAACUUCUCACUCGCCUGAGCAAGCACCGCUUUUCGGGCUCUUGGUGUCAGCCGCCAGAGAUUUGGCUAGGGUUUCCACGGAUUCAGCAUUCUCGUUGCCUUCCGUAUCGGACGUGUAGCAUGGGAGCCAGUUGAUAGACACUAACACCACCCGAAAUAGUGAGCUAAUAAACUCUUAGCAACCCAGGACAUGAGCUUCUGCAAACAUGGUGUGACUUCGC